AUGCAAUUUAUCGCCUCCAUCCUCGCCGUGGCCGCCGUAGCCUACGCCGUCGCCAUCCCCGACGACAACUCGGCCACCGGCGCCUCCAAGGGCUCCACCUGCGCCACGGGCGCGCAGGUUGCCUGCUGCACCACCAACAGCAGCAACAGCGAUCUGCUUGGCAAUGUUGUUGGUGGAAGCUGCUUGUUGGAUAACUUGAGCUUGUUGAGCUCGCUUAACAGCAACUGCCCGGCUGGUAACACUUUCUGCUGCCCGAGCAACAGCGAUGGCACGCUCAACAUCAACGCGCAGUGCAUUCCAAUUUCUGCUUAG